AUGCAAUUGUCGUCAGCUACAUUUGUAGCGAGUAGUCUUUCAGCUAUUGCACUACUUUCAUGUCUUUUCGUUUUAUCCACGGUCUAUCAAAAUGUUCAAGACUACUGGACAGAACUAGAUGAACAGAUGGUUGAAGUUAGAAAAGACCUUGAUGACAUGUGGAGAGAAAUAAUGCAUAUUCAAUCAAAUGCUCUUGGAUCUGUGUUCCAUGCCAGACGACAAGCUCGUGGAGCAUAUGAUGAGGGAGAUUACAAAGAAGCUCCACCACCAGCAGCAUCUUAUCCCGCUCCUGGAGGAUACGAAGAAUCAGCUGCUCCAGCUCAUGAUGUCGCUCCACAAGCUCCAGCAGGCCCCGCUCCAACAUCUCCUGAAUCAUGUCAGUGUCAAGCCGAGAACAAAUGCAAAGCUGGACCACCGGGUGCUAAAGGUUUCCCGGGACUUCCAGGACCGAAUGGUGUUCCUGGAGUUGAUGGAAAACCAGGGCACGAUUCAUUAGACGUAGAACCACAGGCUCAAAAUACUGGAACUUGCUUCCAUUGCCCACAAGGACCACCAGGAUCUCCUGGACCAAUGGGCCAUCCAGGAGCACGUGGUAUGAAAGGCGCUGAUGGACAACCAGGUCAAUCCGGAAAAGACGGAGACCCAGGAAAACCUGGAGAAAUUGGACCAAACGGUUUCCAGGGAAAGAAGGGACCAGACGGAAUUCCAGGAGACAAAGGAGCUGAUGGACGUAAACCAAUCGGAAGACCAGGACCAAAAGGACAAAGAGGAGAACAAGGGCAUCCAGGUCCACAAGGAACCCCAGGACACAACGGACCUACAGGACCAGCUGGAGAUGCUGGACCACAAGGAGGACCAGGUCCACAAGGAGCACAGGGACAAGAUGGAGGACCAGGAGAGGAAGGAAAACUUGGAAGACCAGGACCCGAUGCAGAAUACUGCCCAUGUCCACCACGUGGCUCACACGGAGGAUCCUCGGGAGGAGGUGGUGGGGGAUCGACUGGCGGAGAAUACAAAGCUACUGGUGGAGAUUCUUAUCGCAAAAAGAAAUUGUAA